GAUCCACUUGUCAAACUUAUAUCUCUUUAACCUAAAUUGUCAUUUGACAGUCAGAUAGGAGUGGCUUUUAUUUUUCGUAUCUGGUGUUGCUCAUUUGUUACUGACUGAUAGCUUAUUAACGCAAUAAAUAAUGAUAAAAUGACAAUCACAAGUAUAAAGAUAAACUAAAGUUAAGACAAUAACCUAUUUACAGCGAAAAGGCGUAGACACUUUCUCAGUGGAUAAGACACAAAUAUGGUAGAUAUAAAGGCCAACAUCACUGGAGAAAAUGACUCACAUUAUGAGUCCAGAAUUCGGGCCAAUAGUUCCGGCACAGGAGCAUCAACCCCUUCAUCUUCUUCUGAUUAUAUGACAGGAGAAGCAGACGAUAGUUCUGAUAGCAAAGGGACUAUUCCCUUUAGCUUAAAAUCAAUAGAGACCACGCUUUCAUUGUCCAAGGAAGCUUCUCAGGAAGAUCUGCAAGAGAUGGUGGACAAGUGCAAGUCAAUGGUGCUGGAGAGCGCGGAAUGCUCGGACGAGCGCAAGUGGCUGGUCCGACGGUUGAUCGAGUUGCGUUUACGCGCUCAAGAGUUACGUGAGACCUCGAUCGAGAACCUGUUUGAGACUCACGUGAUUCUGGGCCAUCACUUUGUGCCGCAGAAGUACUACAUCACUACGACCGGCCCGGUUUACUGUGACCACUGUAGCGGUGCGAUAUGGACAAUGCUGCAGUCGUGGUAUAUGUGCAAUGACUGCAAGUUCAGCUGUCACUGGAAAUGUCUGAACAACGUGUGCCGUGUUUGCGUGCACGUGGUUGCCAGCGAGGCCGGCGGAUACACACACACGAAGGACAUUUGUCCGGAGCAGGGCCUGUCGAAGCAAGGUUACCGUUGUGCGGAGUGCGAAACACAGAUAACGUUCACCUUCUCUAAGGGAUUAUCGCUAUCUUGCUUCGGCAGUUCUCUUAAGAACACAGAGUCGACGUGGGUGGAGCCGCGUCUGUGCGACUACAGCGGUUUGUACUACUGUCAGAAAUGUCACUGGAACUCCGUCAUGGUGAUACCGGCUAGAGUGAUCCGGAAUUGGGACAUGGAGCCACGUCUGGUGUCCCGUGCCGCGGCGCAGCUCCUGAUGCUGUUGGAGGAUCGUUCUGUACUGCCUCUGGAGGAACUGAAUCCGAAGCUGUUCACCUUGGUGCCGGAUCUGUCGCUCGUCAAGCGGAUGCGGGAGGAGAUGCAGAUGAUGAAGAGAUACCUGGUGCUGUGCGAGGAAGCCUGCGGCCAGGGCUUGCCGUGGAGGAUUUGCCCGCGUACGCACAUGAUCGAGAACUCGGGCAACUACUCGAUCAAGGACCUCAUCGACCUGCAGACCGGCGCUCUUCUAGACGAGCUCCGCACCACCUACGACACGAUGCACGCGCACAUCACGCAGCAAUGCGAGCUGUGCAGAGCCAGAGGACACCUGUGCGAGAUAUGCGGCAACGACGAGGUCAUCUAUCCAUGGGACGCCAGCUCGGUCAUCUGCCAGCAAUGCACGGCGGUGCAUCAUCGCGUCUGUUGGUCCAAGCGGAACCACUGCUGCCCGCGGUGCGCGCGUUUGCAAAAGCGCCGCGCUCAGCAGCAGGGACAGGCGGCGCAGGAUGGCGAGGAUUGCGACACCGACGACACCGCGAAGGAUACCUAAAACUAAACGGGUACAGCACGCGCCGGGCGCCGUUACAUGCGUCGCGAGUGCAUGCCAAGGAACUCUACACUCCGUACCUGUUUACUUUUCUAAGCAGAUCAAAGCAAUUUCACAGGCUGUUGUUUUUAUAGAUAUUGCGUAGCGUCCGUUUGUUCGCGAAUUUAUACACAUUGUAUCUUGCGAAUGCGAGUUUUUUCAUACGUCCGGUCUGACAAGCGACGUGGGUGAUAUACACAUACGGAUCAGCCAUAUCGUAUGUAUAAAAUCAUGUUAUAGAAAUACUUGCGUAACGCGCGAAACGUCACAAGGUGUUUCUCUUUUUGUAAACAAAGUUCUCGUUGUCGAUUAAGGCUCUUCGACUCCUCGUUGCAACCGUCUUGUUUGACGACGCCGGAAGCGAGAAUACGCGUGUUUAAAACUCUCGCGAAAUACGAAACUGGAAUGAAGUUAUACCCAUGACACUUGCGAUCGAUUGAACACAUCUGUAAAAUGCCCCGAAAAUUUUUUUCCUUUUGUUCUAACAAUCGAUGGAUAUCUGCAAAUCAAGAUGACUGCCCGGGACAAAAUUUCUCAUGUAUAUUUAUAUAUAGAAUAUGCCCACGUAUAUAAAAAAAAUAUAUAAUUACGUAUGAUUAUA